AGACCUCCCUGUCUUUUUCUGCAUCUAGAACGGAGCGAUCGGGUAACAACACUGGUUCAAGACCGGCUCCUCAAAGUAAACAAUUCUCUUGCUCCAAAACAGAGUCAUUCUUAUCAUCAGUAGCAGCCAGUCCAGCAAUGGCUGCACCUACAGAGGAACCAUGCCUUACACCAACAGAAAGCCGCCCCUCCGAAGAACAUGAACAACUCUUAUUCGAGCUCGAGAACGACCUCGAACCGCACCCAGUACUAUCCACACGUCGUCUUCUUCUCUUAACAUGUCCCAGCCUCGGGCUCCAAGUCUGCUGGUUUCUACUACAAUCAAGUGUCACCCCCUACAUCCGCUCCCUCGGGCUAAGCCCCUCUCUCAUUGCCUUGAUCUGGGGCCUAGGCCCUAUCUUUGGGGCCUUCGUUCAGCCCAUCGUUGGCCAGCUGAGUGACGAGCUCCACCACCCACUCGGCCGCCGGAAGCCCGUCAUGGUGGUCGGCGCUCUCAGCACCGUCAUCUCCAUUCUGCUAAUGACCUGCGCCUCCGACCUCACCGCGCCGUUCACCGACACAUCGGCCGCAAGACCCUGGCAGCCGCUUGCACUGGCCGUUGUCUGUCUGGUGAUCACUUUGUUGGGGUUAACCGCCUAUUCCGUUGGCGUCCGCGCUAUCGUUGUCGACAUCUGCCCGCAAUCCCAACAAUCCGUCGCUGCCGCCUGGUCCAUGCGCUGGAACGUUCUCGGGUCUGCCGCUCUCUCCGUUGUGGGCUUCGUCUCUACCAUGCAAUCCUCUGAAGCUGACCCUGUGGUCACGUUCCGCACGCUGGCGUGCGUCGCGUUCAUCUUCUCUACCGUUACUGUCGGGCUGGUCUGUCGAUUCGUGCCGCACGAUGCCACGCAACCUCUACAGCAGCCCAAAUCCGGGUCCAGCAUCCAGCGGGUCUGCGCCAUGCGUCUGCCAGGUGAGCUGGCCCAACGCUGGCGGCGACUGCCGCCGCUGACGGGGAGAGUUUGCGGUGUGCAGCUGGUUGCCUGGCUUGGCUGGUUUCCCGUGUUGUAUUACAUGUCUACAUACGCAUACGAAACAGCACUAUCUGAAUUCCUUCAAACUCCUGGCCUUGAGGCUUCAUCCCUAGAGAGCCGAGCAAAAUCCUACUCUCUCUACGCAUCCCUCUCUUACUCCACGGGAACCCUCCUGUCUACCCUUCUCCUGACAUUUGUCUCCCACAUCCUCGUUUUACUCCACCCCGGCAACCUACCACACCUUUGGUUGCUAUCCCAACUUCUCGCAACGAUCUCUCUCCUCCUGACGAUUCCCUUUCAAACUUCCACAGCCUCUCUCGUCCUCCUCUUCCUCAUCGGCGCAACCCAGGCCGUGACGAUGUGGGUUCCGUUCGCGCUAAUCAACACCGAGCUUGCCGAGAUACCUAUUGGCGUGGCGGGUGUUCAGGGGCUGCACAAUAUGGCCAUUUCGCUCCCGCAGAUCAUCAGCUCACUGCUUUGCUCAGCAGUCCUGGCGGGGUUGGACUUGCUUCGGGUUGGAGGGAACGUGGUAUGGUUGUUGAGGCUUGCAGCAGUGCCAAUUGCCUGGUCAGCGUGGUUAAUUUGGCAGUCCAUUAAAGCUAUCGCGUAAGGCUUAAUUCUUUAUUAAGGACAUAAGUUGUUCUGCUUAUCUCUAGUGGCUUUCAUUUCUCAGCGUGUAUGAAGC